CUCUUCUCAUUCUGAAUGGCCUCAAAUAAAAGCGGGCGAAAAGAUCGAGGUGCAAGGGAAGGGUGAGGAAGGAGACGAGCCUAUUUGGAUUGUGGUAUUUCAUUCGUAGCCUGAUUGUGCCUGUGAUAUUUUUGAAGAAGUAAGAGCUGAUUAUUGUCAUCGGGGAUCAUUUAAAAAGAGGCAAGCGAUCAGCGGGCCUGGUCUUUCAGGGGAACCGGUAUUGUAGAAAUUUAAUUAUUUGUUUGAAUAUUAUGGACUUCGAUUUUUUACUCGUUUCUCAUCUACCCCGAUAUAAUAGGUGACUGAUAAACCGUAGGUUUAUCUUGGCAGGGGCGUACAUAUACAUGUAGCUAGAUGUUGCAAAAGAAGACAGUCACAACAAUGGCGAUGGCCAAAACAUCACUAACUUUGAUUAUAGCUACGGUUUGCAUGUUUUUGGAGAAUGUCAAUGGGUCUAAAAUUCUGCUUUACCCUUACGCUCACGUGUACAAUUCUCGACUCCUAAAUAUGAUGAAAAUCGGACAAAUGAUGUUUGCGCGGAAUCACAGCGUAACGAUGUUGGUAGCUGGCAACGUGGGUCCUGUCUUAGACAAGGUACCGAAGGAGAUCCAUGUCAAAAAAAUAAAUCUCACCAUCCCACCGUUCAACCUGUCGGGUGAAAUGCUUAUCCACAAGGUGAGGACAAAUGCCUUUUAUUUUGUGCCGCAGUGGCUAGACUACGCCAAAGAGAUGAUGGACGCACUUUUUGGGGACAAAACACUUCUAGGAGAACUAAGGUCAGAAAAAUAUGACCUCAUGUUUCUUGACAUCAUAGCCCCCGAGGGCUUACUUUUAAUGGAUUAUUUAAACAUUCCUAGUGUUGGGUAUUCUAAUUUUGGACUUGACAACAACUGGGACGUCAGUCCACCUAACAACCCUUCGUACAUGCCGAACGCGUUAUCGGCUUUCUCAGAACAAAUGACAUUUUGGGAACGAUUAGUCAAUACUGUCAGCAUAACUGCAAUGAACUUAAUGAAAAAAUGGACUAUGACGCCAUGCUACGAGGCGAAGGUCAAAUACAAUCUUAACACUUCACUAUCAAUAGAGAGUGCGUAUACGAGAUUGUCGUUACUGAUUGUGAAUUCCGAUUUCGUCUUUGACUACCCUCGACCAGUCUUCCCUUGGGUAAAACCCGUGUCAGGCGUUCUUUUCCACCCUCCAAAACCCUUGCCUAAAGAACUUGAUCAGUUCGUGGAAUCAUCGGGAGACGCAGGCUUCGUCAUCUUGAGUUUUGGAACGCUGAUACCUGAGCUCACGGCGGAAACAGCAGCAAUGGUGGCCAGGGUUUUUGCGCGACUUCCCCAAAAGGUUAUAUGGCGAAACACUAUUACUAACAUCUCUGGACUAGGACAUAACACAAAAGUGUUGCCAUGGAUACCACAAAAUGACCUCUUGGGUCACCCCAAAGCCAGACUCUUCAUUACUCAUUGCGGUGUAAGCAGCUCGCACGAGGUUCUGUAUCACGGGGUUCCUGUUGUUGCUGUUCCGCUCUUUGUGGAUCAAUUUGGUCACGCAAGAAAGUUAGUUGAACGUCUCGGUAUGGGGGAAGAACUAGACUUCUUUAAUUUCACCGAGUCUGCCUUUUCUGGCACUGUUCUAAAUGUUUUAAACAACCCUAAAUAUUUUAAGAACGCUAAGCGUGCUGCAGCUACUGUUCGAGAUCAGCCGAUGGAUGGGAAGGAGGCACUGAUGUUUUGGGUCGAGUAUGCCAUCAGGAACAACGGAAGUCUACAUUUUCAUUCUCAGGGGAUGGAGAGACUUAGUUGGUACCAGUAUCUGCUACUCGAUGUUGUUGGCGUCCUUUUCAGCACUGUUGUUACUGUUGUUGCUUUGAUAUACUUUUCAUGUAAGGCGAUAUACCGAUAUAUCUCGAAAAUAUGGCCUCUAUCAAAAAGAAAAAACAAAACCGAAUAGUUGGACAUCAAUUUUUUUCAUCAAAACUGAAUAGAGCAAUGUUUUGCUGAAGUGUUUCACAUUGUCGCCUAUGAAAUGAAUAUUAAUAUAAAAUGAAUAUUAUAUAACUGUUAGAAUUCCCUUUAUGUAUUUUUACUUCUUAAACUUAAAUAUGCAGUUGAAGUGAGGUGACAUGUUUAAAAUCAUUGCCGCUUUCCUUGUCCAAAUGUCGCCAUACGGUUUCCAAUAGCCUAUAUUAAACAUAAGUAGAAAUACCAAAGUGUAUCGUUUUAUAAAUCCCGAAAAAUAUUUGAACAGAUAUUUUUUCUGUGCCAUAUAUAAGACUCGGUUGUUUUUGGCCAACUUUUGAAUAAUCAUACUAUGUGCGCCAAACAGUGAUGCGUCAUACAUUACUACGGCAUUUGGUGGAAAAGUACGCACUGGAGGGACCCAUAAAUAGGUCAAAUUUACGUCCAGAAUUUUGGAGAAGGUGCAUUAAAAAAUUUUUUUGACUGACCAAUUUGGCUGACCAAUAAAUUAAUUUGGUUUAUUUUUUUGGCAUGUGGACUAUAUUGGAGUCAAAUAAGCAACUAGUAUUAAUGAUAUAUAUUCAUCACAGGGAAUCUAUGCUCGCUUCAAUAUUGCUAGACGAUAGCCGAAAGUAUUAAUAUUAUAGUCAUGUACCUGUGUUAUGGACUUAGGUGCAUAUGCAGUAGACAUAUAACAUCUCUGAGGAAACUUGAUCCUUUAGAUUAGAAAAGAUAGUGAUAAUGUAUUAAAUAAACAAA